AUGGGUCAGCUCUUCUCUGAUACACCUAAUGAUAAACAAAACCAAGACUUAGCCUCCAGUUUUAAUGGAUAUUUUAAGAACUUCAAGAUGGACAGCAAAAUCAUUUCACAAGACACCAUCGAUAUGAUUGAAUUACAUCUGAGGAAAGGAAACAUCCAGGGAGCAAACUCUGUAAUCAAUGCUGCAUUAAAAGAAAUUGAUGCCACCAUACUCAACAUUGCUGUGACAGGGGAGUCUGGCGCAGGGAAGUCCAGUUUCAUCAAUGCCCUGAGAGGGGUUGGUCAUGAAGAGAAAGAUGCGGCUCCCAUUGGGGCAGUGGAAACAACUAUGCACAGAGUGCCAUACAAACACCGAAACAUUCCCAAUGUGAUCAUAUGGGACCUGCCUGGCAUUGGAACCAUGCAUUUCCAGCCAAAAGAUUAUCUGGAGAAAGUAAAGUUCAGUGAGUAUGACUUCUUCAUUAUUAUUUCUUCUACACGCUUCACAAAAAAUGAUGUAGAUCUUGCCAAAGCAAUCAGAAAUAUGAAGAAGAAUUUCUACUUUGUGAGAAGCAAGGUGGACUUUGAUUUAUGGAAUGAAAAGCACUGCAAACCAUCUACCUAUGAUAGAGAAAAGGUCCUGCAGCAGAUCCGAAACCACUGUGUGAAUUCUUUUAAGAAGAAUAAACUUGAUGAGCCACAAAUCUUCUUGAUCUCUAACAAUAAUUCAUCUGAGUAUGAUUUCCCAAUCCUAAUGGACACCCUAAUAAAGGAUCUUCCUGCUCAAAAGCGCCACAUUUUUAUGCUUUCCUUGCUUAAUGUUACUGAGGCAGCCAUUGACAGGAAGAGGGAGUCUCUGAGGCAGUUUAUCUGGCUAGAAGCCUUGAAGGCUGGGACACUGGCCACCUUCCCUACAGUAGGCAUCUUCAAGGACAAUGAUUUGGAGAAGCUGGAGGCAAACUUAAACCACUAUCGAACCGUCUUUGGAGUGGAUGAUGUAUCCCUGAAAGUUUUUGCAAAGGAUUUGCAAGUGCCUGUGAAACAACUCAAGAAAAUUAUUAAAUCCCCAACUUUGUUGAAAACUAAGAAUGAAGAAACCAUAGGGGGAAAGCUGUUGAGAUAUUUGGAGAUAUUCGCUUCAGCUAAUGGUGGCCUCCUUGCUACAGGGCUUUACUUUAGGAAAAACUUUUACUUGCAACUUCAUUUCCUUGACACGGUGACCAAUGAUGCUAAAGUUCUCCUUAAAGAGGCAUGUUCAAGAAAUCAAUUCAAAACCAACCUGUCUACAGCUGCUGACAAUGACACCACCUCAUGAUCAACAACAGAGUCAUUUACAUAAGUUCCCUUUCCCACAUAUUUUUGUUAUAGUA